AUGAAACAAGAGGUUAACACAGAAGGUAUAGUAAUCUAUAAGAUCACUAAAAUACACGACGGCAAUGUCCAGGUGAAAAUAAAAAGGAAGGAAGAAAAAAACAGAGCGCUCUUUCGUGAAUCGAUGUCAGAAGGACUCAGGAAAGUGGCCAAAGUACAAACGAAACAGAGAACCCAAACUUUUAUGAUCCUGGACAUAGACGAGACAGUGCUAGAAGAAGAGGAGGAAACCAACGACAGAGGACUGAAAUAUGCCUUCAUCACGACUAGGGAUGAUGUAACCAAGAUACUCGAAAACGAGUCUAGGAUAGGAAACGGCUGGAAUAGAUGGCGAAUCAAUGAAGUAAAAGAGGCCAAAAGAGGCUACAAGUGUCGAAAAUUGGGCAUGUAUCAAAAGACUGUGGUGAAAAAGAUGGAGAGACAAGGUGCCAUGACUGCGGUGAGCCUGGACAUCUAA